GGGUUGGGCAGGCGAAAGGGUUGAGCAGAAUCUGGACCUGGAUUUGGACUUGGGUUUCUGGGAGCUGUGGCCACUUCACUUCUCCGCUUAGGUCCUUUGCGUGCCACGGGAAAUCUGCAUCCAGGCCUCUGUGGGUGGACUGAAGUCAGCCACGGCUUAGUCCUUCACUUGGGGGAUUCCGUGGCGGCAUCCUGCAGCAUCUUUCUUGGCCAACGGGGCUAGGUCGGGAGAGAGAAGAAAAGUGUAGGGUGGUGCAGAGAAGGGGGUCAGCUCGGCAGCCUGCGCUCUCCACGCCCCACCCAGGAAGCGUCUGUGGAUGACUGCAAAGUUUCCCUUUUUUCACUUUCUCAUCGGUGUAAGCCCCACCGAAGUAAGCGCCGGAGAAGUUAAAGCAGAUUCUCCCGCCCCGUCCUCACCCCUUGUGAUUUCCUGUCUCAUCUCCCUGACUCCUGCUAGCCAUGGGCAGCCGAGACUACCUGUUCAAGGUGCUGGUGGUGGGAGACGCCGCGGUGGGCAAGACGUCUCUCGUCCAGAGGUACUCCCAGGACAGCUUCAGCAAACACUACAAGUCCACCGUGGGAGUGGACUUUGCUCUGAAGGUUGUCCAGUGGUCCGAUUCAGAAACGGUGCGGCUCCAGCUAUGGGAUAUUGCAGGCCAGGAGCGAUUCACCUCCAUGACUCGUCUGUACUAUCGGGAUGCUUCAGCCUGUGUCAUCAUGUUUGAUGUCACCAAUGCCACCACCUUCAGCAACAGCCAGAGAUGGAAGCAAGACUUGGAUUGUAAGCUCACGCUGCCCAGUGGGGAGCCUGUGCCCUGCCUGUUGUUAGCCAACAAGAGUGACCUAUCCCCAUGGGCAGUGACUAGGGACCAGAUUGACCGGUUCAGCAAAGAGAAUGGUUUCACUGGCUGGACUGAAACGUCAGUCAAGGAGAACAAAAACGUUAAUGAAGCUAUGAGAGUCCUUAUUGAACAGAUGAUGGCCAAUACCAGGGAAGGCAGCACAUCUCUGCCCGCACAAGGUGACUACAUCAACCUGCAAACAGUAUCCACACCUGGCUGGACCUGCUGUUAAUUGUGUGCAGCUUUCUCCUUAUCUUGAAUGGGGAAGGUCUGACCAUCUCUUUGUUUUCCUUCCCUAUCCACCCAGCUGCCUAAUUAAGAACUUAUGAUGAGUCUUCUACUGAGAAAACACCAGCCUUAUUACUUUAGAACAUUUUUUUCUGACCCAGCAGGCUGACACUUCAUUACUCAGACAAGACUUAUAAGUUCCUGUGUAUAUUUCUGCAUUGCUUGGAUAUCUGCUCUGAGUUACUCCCAUGGCACAGGCUGUAUGGCACAGGUAGUGGGUUCAAAGGAGGGUCCUUUAUGCCCCUUUUCAUAAGACUUGAUUGGAAUGUUAUUGGAGUAAGUGUAGAUGGAAGACAGCACACUUUUUCAUUAUGAACUACAACUGUUGUUCCGGCUGUCAUCCCAUGAAGGCAACAUCCUGACUUCAGACCAAGAGAACAAAGAUCAAGAUGUUUUCUUGCCAAACUGUUUUGUGGGUCACUACUUUUGAAGUUCUCUCUGUCCUGGACUUUGGAUUUAAGCGUCUAACUCUUGCCUGGCUGUCUGCAGACUUGAAACAACUCUAGAAGACCUUGUGUUGCAUUUGUGGUUUUAAAAAGGCUCUGAAAUCAGGAUGGGCUUUCUCUCUCCCUCUCCUUAACAGUGGUGGAACUUUUAAUCCAUCUGUCCUGUGUGAUGAGAGUAUCUCUCUUCCUAAAUAUAGACAUGGAGGAAAUGACUAGGAAGUUCUGGGGUCUUUUUACUCAUGAUACAAGAGCACAGUUUUAUAGACUGACUGGUUAAUGGGCAACCUGAUGUUCAUUCAACUCUGCAAAAGACAUUAGUUGACUAUGGUGUGCUUCUUGCAUAGAAAUGGGACUUUGAAGUCCCCUGAAUCUGAGAGAAGGAGGAAACAAGGGGAAAGGGAGAGCUGAGCAAAGCUGGCUUCUAAGGGGCUGCUUAGCUCAUGGUAUAGGGUUUAUAGCUAUAAAAAGGUUGUAUGGUCCCGGGGAUAAGAAGGUUUACUAUGUUUGUAACAUUAAGCACAAAAAUCCCGUGAUUCUGUUUCAGGUCAUAGUUCAUUUCUGGAUGGUUGAAUUUUUCCAUGGGAUUGAAGUUUAUGGAAAUGCUCUUCGGGGUCAGUUAUCCACCCAGGGCUAGAGCUGAGCCACAAAGGUGGAAGUGAUGAACACAGAGGUCAAGAACCAGGGAUAGAAAAGAAGCCAGAACCUUUCCAAGAGAAAUUUAAUCCAUGUAAUACAACUUUUAUACAAUCCCUAGAGGCUUUCAAAGAUUCCUUUUGUGUUCAAUACAUUUUGUCGACAAUUGUGGGGAUUCCUUUUGUACUAUUAUUCAAACAAGGUUUUUGGCUAUGGUAUUGUCAGGUAAACAUCAUGUAAUAGUCCCCUUUUGUGAAGGCGAAAUUUAUUUUAAUCUAGGCUAUUGUCCUGAAAAAUCACAAUCAAAUUAUAAAUAAAAGCCUUA